AUGUCAGCUCCACCUCCAAGAUCACAAGCUAUAUUCAAUGUCGCAAUGCCAACAUCAGAAAACAAACCAACUGCCGCUUUCUCGCCAUCAAAUAAUACUCACCAAAUUCAUCACCAAAAUAAAAAUUACAAUAACUAUCAAAAUAGUAGCGAUAAUGAUGGUGAUGGUUAUAAUAACAAUGAUAGCAAAAAUUAUAAUAAUACAAAUAGUAAUGGCGACAAUAACAGUAACAAUAAUAGUGGCAACAGUAACAGUAGUAGUAAUAAUUAUAAUGGACCCAAAUUAGGUAAAUGCAUUUAG